AUGGCUCCAGCAGCAAGGCCCAAGUCAGCAGCAGGAGAGAGGGACCCGGCCCUGCCGCAGCAAUUCCUGACCCGGGAGGGCUCCGGGAGCCCUUCGAGCUGCUGUCACCCCUCUCUGGGGCUGGACUCGCUCCCCUCUUCCCGGGGGGGGUUGGAGCAGGACACGAAGUUUUGGGGUGACCGAACGACCCCCGCGAGCGCGAGCGACAGCGCGAGCAGGGCACGAGCGCGGGCUCCCACGGGGCACGCUGGGAAGCCGAGGCCCUGCCCCCUCCGCCGCACGGCGCCUCACGGCAGGACCAGGACGCUGGACUCCCCCUUGGUGCCCCACACGGAAUCCCCCACGCCCAGCAUCCAUAACCAGCGGCUCUGUGACAUCAGCCCCGGGGCCGAGGUGCUGUGGGCAGCGGCGAGCUGCGGGCGCCAGCUCAAGGCUUCUUCCUCUGGGCUGUUGCGCGUCGUGGGUGGCACAAAUGCGGCUCCGGGGACCUGGCCCUGGAUCGUCAGCCUCCAGCGCCCCUGGGGAAAACGCACCAAGCAUUUCUGUGGAGGGUCCCUCAUCAACCCACAGUGGGUGCUCACGGCAGCCCACUGCUUUGACAAGUUCAGGAAAAUCGCCAAGUGGCGCGUGGUGAUCGGGACCACAAAGUUGUCUCAGCUGGGCCCCGAGGCCCAAGUGCGACGCAUCAAGCGGCUGCUGCGUCACGAGGCCUACUGGCAGGCCACAGCUGAGAAUGACAUUGCUGUGCUGGAACUGGACCAGCCCAUCCAGUGCAAUGAGCACGUCCAGCUGGCCUGUUUGCCUCAACCCGAUGACGUGAAGCUGUCGGAGCUGAAAAACUGCCAGGUGGCUGGUUGGGGAUCCACAGUUGCACGAUCCACAGAACCAGAAAUAUCCGAUGUGCUGCAGGAGGCCAAGGUUCACCUCAUCGAUACCAAGCUCUGUAACAGCAGCCAGUGGUACACAGGGGCUGUGCACAGCUACAACCUGUGUGCCGGGUACCCACAGGGUGGUAUCGACACCUGCCAGGGUGACAGUGGUGGUCCCCUCGCCUGCCAAGACAGCCACGCUGACUACUACUGGGUCGUUGGACUGACCAGCUGGGGGAAAGGCUGUGCAAGAGAAAAACAGCCUGGCAUCUACACCAGCACUCGGCACUUUUAUAACUGGAUCCUGGAGCACAUGGGGUGGCACCAAGAAGAGGCAGCAGCUCCUCCACUGUCACAGCCUGUGUCCACCUCAGCCCCCUCUCAGACACCAAGGCCAGGUGCAACACAACCAGGCAGCUCCACGUCCUGUGCCUUUGCAUGCCGGAAGGCGUUGAAGUUCCUCAGUUUGCUGCGGGGGCUCCUGCGGUUCCUGAUGGGAAGAGGGGCUUGA